GAAUGUCAGCUGAUUUUCCGGAAGUAGUACAAAUAAUAAACAUCGACGUCUCUACAUUCACAUAUUUACUGAUCAUUUAACAACAUUUUAACAGAUAAUAUGGAAGGGGCACUGGAGCAAUAUCUUGACGAUACGAUGAAAAAUCCUUCCAUUGUUGGGGUUUUGUGCACAGACGCCCAAGGCCAUAAUUUAGGAUGCCGUGGCUCUCUUUCGGAUGAACAUGGAGGAGUUGUGUCAGUAUUGGCUAGACAAGCUGCUUCUCUAACCAAAGACCAAACUGACUCCCCUACUGUGUGUUUGGAGUCUGACUGUGGGAACAUUUUGGUGAGAACGCACGGAACAAUUACAGUAGCUGUACAUAAGAUGGCAUCAUGAGUUCAACUACUUGCGGUUUUGGAAGGAUCUGUUUCGUCAGAUAUUAAAAGUGUUUUUAAACAACUUGGUCUAUUGUCAGCAACCUAUUAACUUAAUGAUUGGCUGAGAUCAUGUCUUCCGUCAUGCCAUAAAAUAUUAGAUGUCUGCCAUGGUUAAUCUUUCCUAUAGUUGUAUCUGCUCUUAACCAUAAACCACAGUUCAGAUGUGUUUAUGGCUUUUUGUUAAAUAAUAUUGUUUUCAAACUAAUAAAAUUGUGUUAUUUAAGAUAA